AUGUUUGCCUCACAGAGUUUGAAGAGAGAUCAACAAACAACUGGAAAUACACUGACAGAGUUGCCAGCAGAAGACGGAGCAGGGAAACUCAUACCACCGGGAGACAGGGUUAAAACAUGCUUGCAAGAGAUACCCAGGCCUCCCACCCCACCGGACCUGAAGAAGUUCCUCAAAACCACCCAGCCAGAACCCGGGUUUAUUAGAGUGCUCUCUGGGAAGGCAAAUGAUCCAGAUAUCCCCCCUGACUUAGUUCACGGGAUUGGAACUAGAGCUUCAAUUAAUGCCGAUCGCGUGGUGAACCCGCCGCGGCAGACGCGCUUCCAGGACAAGCUGCUUGAGCACCGCGAGGCCGGUUACGCCAGCAGGAGAACUGCCCCGCUGGGCAGGUCACAUGCACAGAGCGCGGGGCUCCCGAAGUGGUACGGUGAUGCGACCACGUUUGGCUUGAAAUCUGUCAGCACUGGAACUGCAGGCCAAACUGUAAAUCCACCCAUAACAGCAGAGCAGGUGGACACGGAAGCCCUCAUAGGACACAAGGAUUACAUCCUCAGUCACAAUGCCUACUUUGUCGGCGAGCCCAUAGACAGGAAGUAUGACUGGAGCGUCCACAGUAGAAGCAGCCGGUUUGGAGUCUCGACACCACACCACAGUGACGGACGGCGGCUCGCUAAAUUGCUCCGCUGGCCGAGCGAUGAGCAGAAGAUCGCAGAAACACCGAACAUCCUACCGGAUCACACCUUUGGCGUUCUCGUUCCAGCGGAUAAAUUCGGCGCGGCAGAAUUGAUCCACUGUGGAGACCCGGGUCGGUUCCCACGGCUUCAAGAACGCCAGCGGGGGGCGGUCAGCGCCAUCCAGCAGACCCUCAAGAAGCUCAACUGCCGUGCCUUCCCCAACCUGAUGGAGGCCUUCAGUCAUUACGACAAGAAGGGCAGAGGUGUGAUUGACAGGGAGGAUCUGGGGGCGGUGUGCCUGGAGUAUGGGGUGAGGGCGGGCGAGGCGGUUCUGGACGACCUUAUGAGCACCUGCGACGCGGACCGGGAUGGGGUCCUGGACUUCCUGGAGUUCGCCAACUUCCUCAACUGGAAACAAAAGAUGCCCAUCAGCCACGCCGAGCAGCGCGUCCUGACGGGUCGGUUCGAUAGAGCAGGACCAGCCCGGCACCCGCCCCCCCAGAGGAGCGCCCUCUCAAACGGGGGGACACCCACCAGGCGGCGCUCCACCCAGGCCCUGAUUAACCCUGAGGACCUGGAGCCCCUUGAGCCAGGUAGCAGCCUCAAGGUGCCCCGGACCAUCAGCCUGCAGCCCAGGACGGCCCCAGACCACUUCGUCACCUCCUCGUCCAAGAUCCGAGCUACGGUGGCUGAUCGCGGGACCACAGAAGGCCAGAGGACCUACGGCGUGCCCACCGUGCGGACUGACCUGCCGGCGCCGCGCCUCAAGCGGAUGGGCGACACCAACAACUACGGCGAGCAGGCGGGAGCCGGCCACCUGCUGCACCCCUCGCUCCUCUCCCUGUGGGGGGUCCACGAGGAGCACCUCUUCCGCCCCCGCUCGAAGCAGGAGAUGGCCGGGAUCUUCCGUAACAUGGGCGUCAGCGUUUCCACAGAGAUGUUUGAGGGAGCCUGGGAGCUGGCGAGAGCCCGGCAGCCCGACAGUGAGGUGUGUGUUCAUGGCUUCCGCGAGGUCCUCAGGGAAAUGAAAGCGAUCUGAUUCGCAUCAGGAUAAGCCCCUCCCUCUUUACUGAUCGUAUGGUUCUUUAUUAAAAGUUACUGCUUUAUACCAAAAACCUGGCGAUUUUUGCAAUAAUGUCACAGAUGCAUGAUAUAAGAGGGCAUAAUUAUAGCUUUUGAAAGAGUUGAAAAGUUAAAAACCAAUAGGUAUAUGGACCCUUUACAUUUCUGGUGAAGCUCAUUUCAUAUCAAUAUUUAAUUUGAUACUUGGAUUUUAUUUUAAGUGAAUUCUUGUACAUUUCAUUAAGACAGAGGAAGGGGUCUUGCUCUGAUAGGCCAGGGCAGGCUGUAGACAUUAGGGAUCAAACCCGGUACUGGUAGUAGAACACCCUAGCGACUACACGGCCGCCCCCUCCUCACCUGAAGUCUUGCGCUGCUCUCUACUGGUGAUUUAGAGUAAAACAACCAGUCCGUUAAGUGGUCCUACCGUACACGAAACAGUAUUCAUUGCAAGCUUGCGUCUAUAUAUAUAUAUAUUGUGUAAGAAUAUCAGUAUAAAUUAUUGGACUUACAGAAUAGGAGAGCUGAAAUAUAUACAAGGUGUUUUUAACUGCAGUGUUUAAGCAUUAAGAUAAUAUUUCUGGUCUAAAUUUCUUAGUGUUUCGAACCCUUAUUGCCUCAGAGGGAAAUUGUAAGUUUGUCAAGCAUAAUUUGUCACAGUAUUUUUUCCAGUUAUUAAGUUGAAAUAGCAGGCUGCUAUACAACAAUUAGUUAAAUCAAUGAUGUGUCGAAAGUAUGAUAUUAAUAUUAAUAAAGGCUUGUUAAUU